AUGUAAAAACAUUCAUCAUUUGAAAGUGAAUGUAUGAAAAAUUUGGCAAACACACAAUGUAAUUGUAUCAUUCAUGAAUGCAUUAAAAAGAUUACCAGUUUAAACUCAACCCAGUUUAGGCAUCUAAAUAACUUACUAAAUUUGUUUUAAUCCCCUUAUAAAAUAUGCGAUGAACACAAUUAUCCUUUUGAAUUUUACUCAGAGUAAUAAUAAGAUAUUUAAUGUAAAUUUUGCCUUCAUAGCAGUAAUGAAAUUUAAUUAAUUGAAAUCAUGACCCAUUAGGAAAUAGGGGGGAAAAUGUAAUAAUUUCCCAAUUUUUAAAUAUAAAAGAAUAUAGAAAAAAAAAUUAAGGAAAUAUAGGAACUAAAGCCAUCAGAUUUUAGAAUAAAUACAUAAGAAGAUAAUUAAGAUGAUUAAAUAAAAAUUAAGAUAAAGGAGAGAUAAAAAUUAAAAGAGACAAUUGAAUUUUUGAAAUUGACAGUUCCAACAGAAGUUCAUAAUGAAUUCCAUGAAGCAAUGGAAAAAAUAAAACUACCUAAUGAGGUUGGAGAAGAUUCCUGUAAAUAUGAUGUUUUAAAAUUAAGAAAUUUUUUAUUAUAAAAUAAAUGA